GGCUCACUAUCAAAUGCUCGCCGAGUCUUCAUCCCUCCCAUUUGUUUAUCUUCCACCUGUGUCGCACUACUUUUCUCCGGUCUACAAAGCCGUCACACUCCUGUGCCGGCGAACUGCUUUCCUCAAAGCCUCUCUCCUCUUCCUCGUCUCUAGCUAAGCUGCUCUCUCGCAUCCACAUUCUCCUCGUUUCAGCGGCCAGCUCGAGAUGGCAAUAGACCAUGCGUCCCCUCUGGCGCUGAAGAGCAGAGGCGACACGGGAGGAGCGGAGUGCGAGGAGGAGGAGGAGGAGGAGGCGGGGAACCAGCGGUGGCCGCCGUGGCUGAAGCCGCUGCUGGCGACGAGCUUCUUCGUGCAAUGCAGGGUCCACGCGGACGCGCACAAGAGCGAGUGCAACAUGUACUGCCUGGACUGCGCCAACGGCGCGCUGUGCCCGCUGUGCCUGGCCGGCCACCGCGGCCACCACGCCAUCCAGGUGCGGAGGUCGUCGUACCACGACGUGGUCCGGGCGUCGGAGAUCCAGCGGGUGCUGGACAUCGGCGGCGUGCAGACGUACGUCAUCAACAGCGCGCGCGUGGUGUUCCUGAACGAGCGGCCGCAGCCGAGGCCCGGCAAGGGCGUCACCAACACCUGCGAGGUCUGCGAGCGCAGCCUCCUCGACACCUUCCGCUUCUGCUCCCUCGGGUGCAAGAUUGUAGGCACUUCUGGCGGCUACCGGCCGAGGAAGAAACAAAGCGGCAGCGGCGGCAUCGGCAGCAGGAAGAAGAAGAAGAGGGCGGCGCUCAAGGACACGCGGUCGGAGUCGGAGCACUCGUGCACCAGCACCAGCGGCGGCAGCAGCGACAAGAGCAGCGUGGUGCAGAGCUUCACGCCGUCGACCCCGCCGGCCGCCUCCAGCAGCUGCCGCACCGGCAGCAAGCGCCGGAAGGGCGUCCCGCACCGGUCGCCGUUCGGCAGCCUCAUCGUGGAGCUUCUAGGACGGCGCGCGUGGCGAAGCGCGCUCGUGUCUGCCGGCCCUGAUCAACAACACUCUGUAGCAUACUAUGUGGAGCAGGACUGCAGGAGGCAGUGGCGGUAUGCGCAGGGACCAAGAAAUAAGAAAUGCUGCUCUCAGUUAUGCAGUCUUGUCCUGGUGUUCCCAAUGCUGCAGAGCUAUGCAGGGCACGGCUGA